AAGGCUGAUCUCGCGAUCAUACCGAUCUGAUAGGCCUACCAACGCGAUCUUGUGGCUACAGUUUUUAUUUUCAACUGUGCAAUUCAAAAGUUGGACAUCGCGUCCAGAAUGAAACGACAAGUCCCAAGGCUCAUUGCUUGGUUUACGGAAGUAUUUGUAAAGCUGCUCGUUUCAACGGUUGCCAUCUGAGGUGAAACUAGGCAUAGCUACAUAUACAUCUAUGUGGUCUCUUUUGUUAUGUACAUGAUAGCAACGUUUUUGGCGUGAUAUUUUUUUAAAUGUGAAGCUAGCUAGCUACAUCAAGAACACACACACAUACGUUCACAAGGUAUCCAUGAAGCCACUGUUGGAUUCUGAUGAGGAGGAGGAAGAAGAGUUGGGAGCAUAUCAAAAGAAACUCAGAGAGAGAGCAAACCGCAGCAUCCAGCAGCUCAGCAGUGCAUUGGAAGAGCCCAGCUCAGAUGCAGAGGGCAUGGAACCAGUCAGGGCUGGAGACACAGACAGCACGACUGGAGAGGACUCGUGGAACCAAAGGCAACAGAGUGAAGCUGUCAAUCAGCUGCGAUCACUCCUGCAAAAGCAGCAAAAAGAGACACUUUCACUCACUUCUCCUUCAAAGAGAAAAUCUUCUCCAAAGAGGUGUCAAGAUGAUGUGAGCUCUAGCAUGCCUGCCGUUAAAGACCUGGUGCCCAUUCUCCACAACCAGUCAGAGUACAUCCAGCAUCUGGAGGCUGAGGUCAAGUUCUGCAAGGAGGAGCUUCUGGGGAUGAAACAGAGGAUAAGGGUGGUGGUGGUAGAGAAUGAGAAACUACAAGGAGAGAUCAAGUCCAAACUGGUGGAAGACACCCUGAAAGACUACACUCUCUUAGAUGGCACGGUGAAUUCUGAACCACCCAGAGAAGACAAUCCUCAAAGAACAGCUUUCAUACCAGCUCAUAUUGUCUUUCAACAAGCAGAGGAACACAAGUGGAAGAAAGAACUGGAGCAGCUCAAAUCCCUCUAUCUAGCCCAGACAGAGACACUGGAAUCUCAAGUAAGGUCACUGAACAAGAACCUGGCCAGCAGUCAGAAGGAGUGUGAAGAAGUCAAAGGUCGUCUGAGACAUAAGGAAGCAAUGGCAGCGGCGGGCAGUGCCAAGCAGUGCGUAGGCGGCCUCUGUCUGAAGUGUGCCCAGAAUGAGGCCGUGCUGGCAGAGACACACUCCAACAUGCACAUCCAGGCCAUUGAGAGACUCACCAAAGAGCGUGAUGAGCUGAUGAGUGUGCUGUGCUCUUUGAGGGCCAGUCAGAGCGAGGCCCAGCAGAGAGAGUGGGCAGCCUACCAGCAGGUCAAACAGGCUGUAGAGAUGGCUGAGGAGGCCAACCUGGAGAAGACCAGGGCGGUGGUGCAGUGCGAGGCAUUCGCCAGGGAGCUGGCCAGACAGAGAGAGAGGCUGGAGACUGAGAUGGCUGCAGAGCAGGAGAAAAUCUCUGAGGCCAGAGAGGUGGUACGCAACGAGGCCCUCAAGCAGAAGGAGACACUGGCCCAAACGGUGGCCAGCCUAUCCCAGAGGGUAGCAGAGCUGGAGGGUCAACUGGCCAGGGAGGAAAGAGAGAGGGGCUCCCUGAGCACCCAGCUGGAUGAGACCCUACGCAAACUCACAUCACAGGAGCAGGACACCAGCAAGGUGUGUGGGGAGCUGCGUUACCGCCUCAGCCAGGCUCAGCUGAAGAGAGAGGAGGCAGAGAGGGAGCUCCGAGACUGCAGCUCCAAGACAACACGGCAGCUCCAGAUGACUGAACAGGAAGUGGAGAAGCUGGGUGUGGAGCUGAGCGUCUGCCGGCAGCGUUUGGACCAGGCCCAGAGGGACGCGGGCCGACUGCAGGCGGAGGCUCUGAGCCUGACGGAGCGGCUGGGCCGAGCUGAGCACCAACUGCACCUCACCAGGCAGGAGAAGGAGAGUGUGGAGCGCUGCCGGGGCGAGGACAUGGAUGCUCUGACCUUCUCUGCACAGCAGCGCGAGCAGGAGCUGACACAGAGGCUCCAGCAAAUGGAGGCGCAGCACGAGCGGAGCGUGGGUGAGCUGGAGGCCCUCCUCAGCUCCCAGAAUGCCCUGAUAGGGAAACUGAAGGAUGAAUGUCUCAGUCUGGGGACCAAGCUGGAGACUCUGACAGAGACUAGCAGGCGUGAGGUGGAGCAGCUUUCCCUGGAGAAGGAUCAUCUGGAAGAGAGUGUUGGGAAGCUGAGAGCUCGCUGUACAGAGAUGGAGGAGCAGUGUGUACAACAUGGGAGGAUGCACCAGCGCAUGAAGAACAGACUGCAGCAGUUGGACCAGCACAGUCAGUCCAGUGCCCAGCAGGUGAUGGAGCUGCUUGCCAAACAGAACCUGUUGAUGCAGGAGCGCCACCUUCUCACUGGAGAGAUGCAGAACCUACGCAUACAGUUACCUGCUGGUUCGAGGAGACCUGACACCUUGUCCACAUGACAUCCUCUUCAUCUUGACUGAAGCACAGUGACA